UGUUGGUAUUGACUUAAAACCGCAACCUGUGACACUGUGGCUUGCGUCGUCGGUGACAUUCGAUUUGGUACGACCUGAUCACGUCCACGCCUGCAAACCGCCAGCUGAUCCCUGCUCACCCGACGACCACACGAUUCGAGGCCUUUGUCAUCAUCAGUCAGUCCUCAACUCUCCCUCCACCACUCGAGACCUCUCGGUAUCACCUAGAUCAUGAACACUUCGUACGCCCCCUCUCUCCGUCGAACCCACUCCCUCGAGUUUCAAAACAGUCAACAAGCUGAGCUUGACUCCUUCGAGGAUCACCUCGACGCCGACAUUCAUGCAGCUGCCCAAAUGGUCGAGUACUUCGACGUCGAUAAGCUGUUGAAUGAAGUCAGUACCCCCGUUUCGAGUGCACCGAGGCGAGAAAACUUGACAGAGUAUCCAUUACUAACUGGUUAUUCCAGCGUCGAGUUAACAGAGGCCGUGAGUGAUCGAUACAUCUCCGAAGCGUCCGAUGACUCGGCCAGUAGUGAGGUGACAGAUUCUGCUCGCAUCGUUAAUAUGGCGUCAGCUGAGGCGACGAAGACUCAACGAAUGUCCCGCAAAGAUGAGAUUAUCGAACUGCGCGAGUCAGUGGAGGUGUUAACAGACCAACUGGAAGCACUGAAGGCAGCCCCGUUCCAAGAAGCACAACCACCAAACCAAUCCAAUGUGGAUGUUACAUCACGACCCAAAACAUCGCUAUGCAAGUACGCAGCGAUCCGACAGCUAGGAAGACGACGAAAAGCUGAAGAAGACAACGUCAUGUUGCGAGAGAUGUUGGAGAUGCAAGUGCACGAAGCUAAGUGCUUGCAGCGCAUCCUCAAACGCCGAACAAAAAUCCAGAUGAUGGAAGAUAUGCUCGGCAUGAAGCGCCGUAAGACCGCCCGUAUCGCCUCGGCUCCGAAGGACAAUCAGCAUAUUUUCAUGAAGAUGUUGCAAGAGACUGAUGAAACCUACGCACGCGUGGACAGCCACUUCGCUGAGAAGGGAGUCACCGAUCUCCCUUGUCCAGGGUCGAAGCGCAAAGUCAACCGCAGUGCGAUGAACGGCGUCGUCUUUGAGAUGAUGACAAGAAACCUACUACCAUUUAGCCUUCAGAGCACGGCAAGAACAGCUCGUGUGGUUCUCAACGACCUGGGAACUAGUGGGCUGAAAAGAAUUGAGGACGUUGACGAACAGAUCGACUUCCACGCUCAGGAAUCGGAAGAAUCGCGCGAUACACUCGUCGCGAGUUAUUUCUCUGCGACUCCUGGACAUCCACUGGCAACUGGAGCUCAAGUACAGAAGGUAAUGCGGAUGUAUAUUGAAGAAGACUGCGCGGUCUUCGUCUGGAAGAUGGUCGCAGAACCCAAACUUCGAGGUAGCAACGCUCCCAUCGGCUAUGUGCUUCAGUCGACUCUGCAAGUGGUCAUGCGUCCUGGAGAAACUCCAACACUCAGCGGAGAUGAGUCGACGCAGCUCUUGAUUCACUUCAGCGCAUCUCGUCACGAGACUGGCUUCCCUAUCAAUGCUGAAUUCCGAGAACCAGAACACAUGGACAGUGGUAUUGCCCUGUGGGAGAAACUCGUCGCGCACAUUCCUCAUGGGAUUGAGAGCGGGCUGAUCGAUGAUAAGUGUGCUACCAGCCACGAGAACGAAGUGCCAUCACUAAAUACGUAAGCUCAAUAAUACACGAAGUUGAUAUGGAUUGUUCGUAAACAUUGCAUCUGACUUUUCUUAUACAAUUAUAAUAAGUAUUAUGUGAUGACGCUACAAAUCCGUGGCUUCUUUG